AUGGUCUCAUUUAAUGCAAUUGCAGUCUCCCACUCAUUCAUCAUCGUAAUUGCAGGCUUUGUUUCGGUUUUCCUGGUUUAUGUAUAUGGGGAUAGUGUCACACCCAUAAAUAUCUAUGCCAGGGAGCUCAUGGAUGCUGCCAAUAAUAAUAUGGAAUGGUUGAAGUCAAUAAGGAGAAGAAUUCACGAGUACCCAGAACUAAUGUUUGAGGAAUAUAACACAAGUGCCCCUAUCAGAAGUGAGCUUGAUAGAAUGGGGGUAUCAUAUAAAUGGCCAUAUGCAAAGACUGGUGUGGUGGCCCAAAUUGGUUCUGGAUUACCUCCUGUUGUUGCUCGUAGGGAAGACAUGGAUGUCCUGCCUCUUCAAGAGCAAGUGGAAUGGGAGCACAAGAGAAAAAUUGCAGGAAAAAUGCAUGCAUGCGGGCAUGAUGACCAUGUUACAAUGCUUCUUGGAGCUUCCAAAUUGCUCCACCAAUGGAAGGAAAAGCUCAAGGAUAUAGGCAUAGAAAAUGUUGCAGUAUGUGGAAGUAUAGAUGAUUCUCAUGAAGUGUGUGAGAGAGUGCUACAAAAACAUGGAAGCAUAGACAAUGUGAUGAAUGUAAAAGUUUAG